CUUCCGCAAGAGCAAUGAUCGGCGCCAUGAUUGCACCACUGGCGCUUCAUCUCAUAGCCGCGACAACACUAGCCGCGCCGCCGGUAGCGUUGCCUGGCUGCCGCGAAGCUUGCGGCAACGUGACCGUCCCGUACCCAUUCGGCAUUGGGCACGGUUGCUUCCGCGAGGGCUUCAACCUCACCUGCGACGAGACGACCCAGCCGCCGAGGCUGUUCGCCGGCGACAACAACGCUGCAUGGGUGCAAGUGGUCGCCGCCUCUCUGGACGGCACCCUGCGGAUCAACACCAGGAUGGUCAACUUCUCGCUGAGCGAGAACCCCGAGAAGUUCAACCGCACGUGGUCUGCCGGAGGCCUGAGAACCGCCGGCCGCGUGACGGUGUCCGCGAAGCGCAACCGGUUCGUGGCCUUGGGAUGCAACCUCGUGGCCAGCCUCGUCGACGACGCGGGCCGCUUCGUCAGCGUCUGCGCCGCGUACUGCUCGGAGGCGCACGGCCCUGGGCGGGUGAGCGACGCCUCCUGCUCCGGCGUCGGCUGCUGCCAGACGCCCGUCCCGCGGCCGGGAUUCUCGUCCUACGGCAUCCAGAUCAAUGAUCUGGCCCAGAUCAGAGUCAGACCCAACGAUUCCUCCAGAUACGGAGCGGUGUUCGUUGCCGAUCGGGACUGGUUCGGCGAGAAGGGGCUCGUGCUGCAGCUGGAUUACUCGGCGGAGCCGCAGAGGAUCGCUGAUUCGACGGUGGUUCCAACGGUGUUGGAAUGGUCGCUGGAUAUGAACCGUGACAAGGACAUGUUCCGGCUGCCGGAUGGCUUGCCGACUGAUCCCGGGAGAUGCAUAAGCGCGAACAGUAUCGUGGUCUACAACGACGAUGAAAACCAGCGGCCGCGGUGCAACUGCUCGAAAGGAUACGAGGGCAAUCCCUACAUUGCCGAUGGAUGCCAAGAUAUCGAUGAGUGCCAAUCCCCAGGUGUUUAUCCAUGUCCACAGGGAACCUGCAUAAAUAUGCCAGGAACAUACCGAUGCUCAUCAACAAAGAAAAGUUUCAGCAGGCUCCCAGGCUUAAUUUCUGGAAUUGCAAUUAGUGCUGGUUUUGGGUUACUAUUUUCACUUCUGGGUGUUGCCAAAAUCACCAAUAAACUCAAGCAACGAAGAGCCAAGAAGUUGAGACAAAAAUUCUUCAAGAAAAAUCAUGGGCUGCUUCUACAACAGUUGAUCUCUUCAAACAAAGAUAUAGCAGAAAGAACAAGGAUUUUUAGCUUGGAAGAGCUGGAGCAAGCAACCAACAAAUUUGACCAUAAUCGCAUCCUUGGAGGUGGUGGCCAUGGCACAGUGUACAAAGGCAUCUUAUCUGAUCAAAGUAUCGUCGCCAUCAAGAAGUCUAAAAUUGUUGUUCAACGGGAAAUCAACCAGUUCAUCAAUGAGGUUGUCAUACUUUCACAAACAAACCAUAGGAAUGUGGUGAAGCUCUUUGGCUGCUGCCUCGAGACUGAAGUUCCUCUACUUGUUUACGAGUUCAUAUCAAAUGGAACUCUCUCGUUUCAUCUCCAUGGCCAAAGUGAUAACCCAUUGUCAUGGAAAGAUAGGUUGAGGAUUGCACUGGAGACUGCAAGGGCCAUUGCAUAUCUACACUCUGCUGCUUCCAUAUCAGUAUAUCACAGAGAUAUCAAAUGUGAAAAUAUACUACUAACUGAUACCUUAACAUCAAAAGUAUCAGAUUUCGGAGCGUCAAGGUCAAUUGCAAUUGAUGAGACAGGAAUACUUACGGCUGUCCAAGGAACCUAUGGUUACCUUGAUCCUGAAUACUACUACACUAGCCGGCUCACGGAGAAAAGCGAUGUUUACAGCUUUGGUGUCAUCCUAGCAGAGCUACUGACAAGGGUGACACCAGUUUUUUCUUCCCAUUCGUUGGAAGGCACAAGCCUAGCAUCACAUUUUGUGUCAUUUAUAAGAGACAACCGAUUGUUAGAUAUUCUAGAUACACAAAUUGUUGAGGAAGGAGGGGCUGAAGAUGCUGAGGUGGUUGCAAGACUCGUGGAAGCAUGCUUAAGUUUAAAAGGUGAAGAAAGGCCUACAAUGAGACAAGUUGAGACAACACUCGAAGAUGUGCAGAACUCAAAGUUCCAUUUCAAUUCUCAGAUCACAAGUGUGAACCAGAAUGCUAUGAGCGAUCAGUUAUACAAGGGAAGCAAAGGUAGUGAAGGAACUAGACUGUACAGCUUGGAAAAAGAGUUCAUUCAAUCAUCUGAAAUUCCAAGAUGAUUCUCUUACUUGCACGGUGAAGUGUUACAGUUACUCCUACUAUUAUUAGUUUGGGUGUCAUGCCUCAUAUCAGUUGCCAAUUUAGAACUCUGUACUAUAACCAUGUAUGUCGUCCCUAUAGUACUGGCCUGUCAUGUAGAACUAAGUAUGUGAACAUACGUAAAUAAAGUGGUUUCAGGUAGAGUACAAUAUUUACAAUUAAAAAUCUAGUUCUUGUAUUCUUGACACUGAAUUUUAAAAGCUUUCAAGAAUUGUGA